ACACGCUACAGUAACAGUACGUGGCCGUAAACACGUGAUAAACACGCGCACUACGAUAAGUGUAUUUAUUUGAUUCGCUCGCACCCUAGCGCUUACGCGCAUCGUGCGAAAGAGAUGGCUGAUCCGGGCACUCAUUGGUUACUGCAACGCGUUCAUGCGACGUCAGAGCGUAGGACAGCGCGCCGGCCGCCAUUUUGUAACCAGUAUAGCGUCCGCAUGGAGCCGAAUCAACGCGAGUUUCGUUGCAAGUGUAAAAAUAUGGUUACAGCCUUGAAAGACGGCUGGACUGAAGAAAAAUGCAUACAGCUAAUACGAGAAUACAGAAUCAGACCGCUUUUGUGGGACCAAAAGAAUCCGUUAUUUUAUAGAAAGGACAGUAAGCCGAAGGCUUGGGAAGAAGUAGGCAACGCACUAAAUACUUCACCAGAUGUAUGUAAGCACAAGAUGAAUACGUUGCUGUCGUCUUUCCGACGAGAAAAAGCCAAAAUCAUGCACAGCAUAAAGGAAACAGGAGAUACAUCUCAAGCUCACAAAAGUAUAUGGUUCGCAUUUAAAGAUAUGUCAUUCCUUUUGGAUAAAGAAAAUGAAAGAAAGCGACAGUUAAAUAGCACUGAUGACGACGUAGAUGAUGAUGAUGAUGACGAUGACGAUUCUACUUCAAACAAUCAUUUGAUAAGAAACCUGGAAACACCUGUGCCAAUGAAGAGAUGUCGACUAUCACUGUCUGUUCGAAAAGAGCUAGGCCAGAAAAUAGCGGACUUAGGACGAGCACGUAAUAUUCAACCUUCUUUACAACCAGCACCGGGACCCAGCCAAACACCAGAAGAAAGAGAAGAGGAGAUUAAAUCAUUCGCUACAUUUAUAGCCAGUAAAAUGAAAAAAUAUUCAGACGUUACCAAAAACGCAGUACAACAAGCCAUUUGCGACGUUAUAUUUAAAGCCGAUCAAAAUCAUUAUGAUCAAGAUUGUUUUACUAUAAUAGAUGACGACACAGAUCCUCUCAACAGAGACAUAUAUCAUCUAACUGAUGCAGAAAUUAAAGUGCAACCUGACUCGGACAAUAGUGAUUAGUUGGUAGAAAAAGUGCAAAAAUCCUAAAUGGUUUAGUUUUGAUACUAUGGAGAAUAAAGUAUAUUUCCAUUUUUAA